AGCAGGGACUCACACACAGCAGAUAACAACAGAUAAGUGGGAGCAUCUUAAUUUCAGGUGAUUCCAGCUGCAGAAGUGACUACAUGUGCUCCAACUUCUCCACACUCAGGGUUUUUUACUUGCAUGCUGCACAGUGAGAGUGUGAGUGUGUGUGUGUGUGUGAGAGAGAGACAUAAAAUUUACAGUGUUGCCUGCACACUAGGCAUUUUUGUGAGGCUCCUCGUGUGACUAACACCCCCUCCAUCAUCAUCAUCAUCAUCAUCACACCGCGCGUCUUCCUUCUUGGCGCUCUGAGGUGAUCAUCAGCCGCAGCAAACUGUGACAUCCAUCCUCAGAGUGUGCUCAGGCUGGCCGGCUGCUGCACAGGCACCAUGGAGCAGAAAUCACCCAAGGAUGAGGGCAACACCUCCAAGGGACAGGAGUCCUACCAGCGGAGGAUGUGGAAGAAUUUCCAGGAGAGAACCAAGCCGUGGCUCAGUCCUAAACUGGGGUCGGAGCGUCGCGGCACCGGGGGCGCGGAGGGCAGCAAGAAGGAGUCGGGACUGUGGAUGUUUAAAAGGAAAAAGAAACAGUUGGAUCGAGUGUUCUCGUCGUCGCAGCCCAAUCUCUCCACGCCGGCCCGCUUCGACGGGAGCAAGAAGUCCAGUGGAGGCGAUGCGGUCCCCGGCACCAGCGCGGACGGACGGCCGCUGCUCCAUCCGCUCGGCGCAGCCUCUGGAGCCACGGGGAGCAAGCCCGAGCUGACGGCGCACGGAAGCCCCAAACUGUCCCAGCUCAUCACGUACCAGCACAAGAGCUCCUCUCUGGGCUCGGCGUGCUUCGAGAAGCUGGUGGUGGUGGACGCGGCCGCGGUGAGGGGUGAGGAUGAGGAGGAGCUGCGUAAAAACACGAGUGAUUCUGGCAUCAGCAUAGUGGGUCCCAGUAAUGCAGAUCCCCCUCCUCGUCCUCCAAGUCCAGCCAUGUACCAGCUGGACAUCGUCCUAAAGAAAGGGAACAACCUGGCCAUCCGAGAUCGGACAGGCACCAGUGACCCUUAUGUGAAGUUUAAGAUCGCAGGGAAGGAGGUGUUUAGAAGUAAGACCAUCCACAAGAACCUGAACCCGGUGUGGGACGAGCGAGUCACCCUACACGUGGAGACCCUGAAGGACCCUCUCUAUGUGAAGGUUUUUGACUAUGACUUUGGACUUCAGGAUGAUUUCAUGGGCUCUGCGUAUCUCUACCUGGAAUCACUGGAACAUCACAGGACACUGGACGUGACGCUGGACCUGAAGGACCCGCAGUAUCCUGAACACAACUUGGGCACCCUGGACCUAGGUGUGACCCUGUCACCGAAGGAGGGAGACUUCAGGGAUGCUACCAUGCUUUUGAGAAGGAACUGGAAGCGAUCUAGUAAGUAUCAGAGUAUGCGUCUGUCAGAUGUGCACAGAAAAGCCCAGCUGUGGCGAGGCAUAGUCAGCAUCAGUCUGAUCGAAGGUCGCGGCCUGCAGCCCAUGGACGCCAACGGCCUCAGUGACCCUUACGUCAAAUUCAGGAUGGGGCACCAGAAGUACAAAAGCAAGACAAUGCCCAAAACACUGAACCCACAGUGGAGGGAGCAGUUUGAUUUCCAUCUCUAUGAAGAGCAGGGAGGCUUCGUGGACAUCACAGUCUGGGACAAAGACGCGGGCAAGAAGGAUGACUUCAUGGGAAGGUGCACCAUCGACCUGUCGCUCCUCAGUAAAGAACACACUCACAAGCUGGACAUGCCGUUGGAGGAAUCGGAGGGCGUACUGGUGCUGCUGGUUACGCUCACCGCGUCUGCCGCUGUCUCCAUCUCGGACCUGUCCAUCAACAUAUUGGACGACCCUCACGAGAGACACCAGAUCAUGCAGAGAUAUAGCCUGUGGAGGUCGUUCCACAACCUGAAAGACGUCGGUGUGGUGCAGGUAAAGGUCAUCAAGGCUGAGGGACUGAUGGCAGCGGAUGUCACAGGAAAGAGCGACCCGUUCUGUGUGGUGGAGCUGAGUAACGAUCGGCUGCAAACGCACACUGUCUACAAAAACCUCAACCCAGAAUGGAACAAGGUCUUCACUUUUAACGUGAAGGACAUCCACUCGGUUCUCGAGGUCACUGUUUACGACGAGGACCGAGACAGAAGUGCAGAUUUCCUGGGAAAAGUGGCUAUUCCUCUACUAAACAUCCAAAAUGGAGAACGCAAAGCCUACGCCUUGAAAAGCAAGGAGCUGACAGGGCCAACAAAGGGGGUCAUCUUUCUCGAAAUAGACGUGAUUUUUAACGCUGUGAAGGCCGGUCUCAGGACGCUGAAUCCCGUCGAGCAGAAGUACAUCGAGGAGGAGCCCAAGGUGUCCAAACAGCUGCUGUUGCGUAACUUUAACAGAGUCCGGCGCUGCAUCAUGUUCCUCAUCAACACUGGCUGCUACAUCAACAGCUGCUUCGAAUGGGACUCUCCACAGAGGAGCAUCUGUGCUUUUGUGCUCUUUGUCAUCUUCGUGUGGAACUUCGAACUCUAUAUGAUCCCCCUGGCUCUGCUGCUGCCUUUGGUCUGGAACUACAUCCUCAUCGCGUCGGGGAAGGACACGCGGCAAGACGUGCAAGCGGUGGAGGACCUGCUGGAGGACGAGGAUGAGGAUUUUGACAAAGAUGACAAGGACCGUAAACCAGGCCCGUGGGAGGACAGCUGUGAUAAAAACCAUAUCCUCGAGGAUAUGUUGGCUUCCUGGCACUUUGAGUGGAUACGGACCAUGGUGGACUCGGAGAGAAAGGGCUUCAUGAACAAGCUUUACGCCAUUCAGGACGUGUGCAUCAGCGUGCAGAAUGCACUGGAUGAAGUGGCCUCCUAUGGCGAGAGGAUAAAGAACACAUUUAACUGGACUGUGCCUUUCUUAAGUUGGCUGGCCAUCGUGGCUCUCGGAGUGGCCACCAUCGCCAUCUACUUCAUCCCGCUGCGAUACAUUGUGUUGGCCUGGGGCGUGAAUAAAUUCACCAAGAAGCUGCGAGACCCUUACACCAUAGACAACAACGAGCUGCUAGACUUUCUGUCCAGAGUCCCGUCAGAUGUACAAGUGGUGCAGUACCAAGAGCUGAAACUGGAUCCCAGUCCCAGUCCAAAUAAAAGGAAGAAAAACAACCCCGGGUAGAUGACUUUGUCCGCCCACCGACUCCUCUCUUCUCCACUUUUCUUCUCUCCGUCUAUUACUGGACAACCGAGGAGCAGAGGAAGGCGGCGGCUCUGGACCAGCUCCACGCAACUGUCCUUCCUUUUGUUAUUUCCUGUUUUCCUCCACUUCACCCUGUCUGUAAUAACUCCCGGUGUACAGUCGAGUUUCCUGCUGUGUAACUUUUGUACAAGAACGCGGCGGCGCAGUCGCCUGAGUUACGAUCGCCCGCGAUGCUUUUGAUUGAUUUUUAAAGGCGAGCGGGAGCGAUGGCCGUAGUGACCUUUUUAUCCCCUCGUUUCCUCUCUCCAUCACUCUGACAGCUCGGUGAACUCUUUGUCUGUUCAAGUGUCACACGAUGAGUUUGAACAUGUGUACUCGCCGUGCCCAAAGACACGUCCAUGUCCAUCCAAGUACAAGCCUUAUUACUAGUAUGUCACAUGAUUACCCCACAAACAACCUCCUCAGACUGAAGUUAUCAAAUGAUUUUGGUACCGUGUUUAUAUUUUGUAAUUGUUUUUUGUAUUGAAGUAUCGUUUGUUUUCCCCCCCUCUUGGAUGUAGUAAUGAUGUUAUGUUCACUGGCAGUAAUUUGGAUGGCCCACACUUAACUCAGCCUGCCAAGUUGAUUAGCAAUUAUGGUGGUAGCCUCCAGAUACGUCCUUUUAAUCAAACAAACAAACAAACAAACACUGGACCGACAAGCUGACGACUCGUGCUGGUAUCUCACUGCGUUUAAACAAUAGCCAGAUUAUCUUUUGGUUUGUUUUUUUAAAUAAAUGGGCAAUCUGUGAUUUUUUUUUUUUUUUAAUGACAUCUGUGCAUUGUGUUGCCGAGAUCCAAAUGUACAGAAGUAAGCAUUUAAGCAGCCAAACCUGACUGUUAGAGAGUCACUGUAUCUCCCUGUUUGCCUUUAGUCCAGCAGGAGAGGAUGAAGAAGUAGCUCCUGUGAGUCUGUUGGGUCUGCGACAGUCUUCCAUUUUAUUGAAGCUGCUGCUGCUGCUGCUGCUGCAGCUGCUCGGUUUCCUCGCUGCCUCCCGGUCCUCGACCUCCUGCACCGGCACAUGCUCUCGUCUCAUUGACUGCACAUGCAAACAACCUUGCAAUGUGAACCUGCGUGGAGUGAACUCAAGUUAAGUUAGUUUAGGAAAACAGAAGUGCGUAACUUUUGAAUACAAUUGUCUGUUAUAGUCACACAUUCAUUCGUCUCUGUCAGCUCCACGCGAUUCUCUGUGUUUGUUUGUUUUUGGCUAGUUUUGAUGACGUAAAUGUGUCCCCGCCCGCCCCUGCACUGCUGGUGUACACACACAAACGCUCCCUCAGUCAGGUUUGACUGUGAUGUUUGACGGCCUCUUCUCAGAUGAAACAAAUGUUUCAUUGUUUCUGUAUAGAGGCAGGAUCAUAAUCGCCAGAAGUUACGCACUGUAGCUUUAAAGUGAAAAACAAAAAAACCAAAGCACACCAACCACUUAGAAGGUAUUUCUUAGAAUAGAUGAAUUACUGAAUCCUUAAAUGGUUCUCAAAGGAAAACAGACACUCGGCGCUGGACCCUAAACACCACAGUUGUCCUAUGAGUCGUCCUCUGUACCUAAUAAAGUGGCCGGUGAGCGUAGCGUAUCGCUCGUGAAUUCGCCAAUAACUUAACUGCUUAAUAACACGUCAGAACCAGAGUUCCAUGUUCUCAGUCUGUCAGGAGGCUGUUGCUCAGAUAAUAUAGACGUCACCCGGUCUAUGCAGAGUGUCGGCAGGCAGACAGGCCUUUAGGCAGCCGCAGCCCCUAAUCUGGUUUGAAAGGCUGGUCUACCUCCCUCUCAAGUCCCCGUGUGUGUGUGUGUGUGUGUGUGUGUGUCUGGGCAGCCACACACACACACACACCCAGAAGCAUGAACACACGCAGAUACAGCACACACUAACAUGCUGUGUGUGAUGCUCUGUGUGUGAUGCUGUGCCCCAGGCUGGCUGCCCUCUCCAUCUGCCCCACCUCCUGUGCCCACAGCUCAACUUUGAUCUGCCGCUACACACGCACACACACACACACACACACACACAGGCUCGUACUGUAACGUGUGAACUGUGCAUAAGCGUUUGCGUGUACAUGUUUAUGCCAUCAAAGACGUGUUGCUUUUCUCAGUGUCGGUGUGUGUUGCAGUAGUUUGUCCCCUCCAGCUGUAGAUUGAUGUGUAGAUUCAGUCGUGUGUUUGUGUGUGUGUGUGUGUGUGUGUGUGUGGCAGAAGUGCCAGCUGUUAGUCAGUGUGCUGGUGGAAAGUGCCGUCAGCGAGAUGAGCAGCAAGUCGUUGUGUGACAAGAUGAGGCUCUGAGGGGACUUAGGCCUGAGAUGUCAGGGAUGAGGGUGUCUGUGUGUGUGUGUGUGUGCUAUUUCAGAUCCUUCUUCCCAUCAUGCAUCUCUGCGUUUGCUCUCACCGCGGUCCCCUCGUUCGUCAGUGAGCGAGGUUGCGACCCUGUCUGAAGGGAACGGUCUCCUGGGCUUCUCGUUGAGCAUCUGUUGAAAGAUCACAGCUCAUGCUACAUUUGAGGAGGUCUCCUCUCAUCCCACUGAUCCCUCCACCCUUUUCAUCUUCUCCUUCCCUUUUACCCCCCAUUUUUUUCUUCUUUUUUUUGUGUCCGUCCUCCCGUUUUGUCUCCCUGUCUGUCUUUAUCACUCUGAAACCCCCUUAGCAGCGACUCCGGCUCUCUCUCUCUGCCAUUUUGUCAUCCUCGUGCCCCGGCCUGUCUGCUCGCCGUCACCUCUCCCGCUCGCUGGCUCCCUCCUCACCCAUCCAUCUCCAUGCUUAAAUAUCAACAGGCUUGGAUCUGUCACUCCAGAGGGCCAUUGAUUUUGCUUUGUUGUGUUGAGGAAUCCACUUGAAAGACAAUAACAGACUGUCCCCCCCCCCAGAGCGGCGUCGCAGACUGAUUAUAGCUUCCUCAACAAACACACGCGGUGGUUCUUGAAGGAUGUCUUUUUAUAAUGCCUGAAGGGACCGUGUGAAUACGUGAUAUGUAUGCGUCUCCUACUGUAUGUAGUUAUUUUACAGCAAAUUGUUGUGACUAUUGUGUGGUACUGCAUCCAAAUGCUGUUUAUUUUUGGGUCAUUUAUUAUUUGGUUUGCAACUAAAACCAAAGUGUUUUUUCUUCUUGUUUUAUUUGUUUGUUGAGUAAAAAUAACACAAAGAAUGUAAGAGAUUGACAGCUGCAAAGGGUUAAAAAAAAAAAACAACAACAACAA